GGGUUUCAAUUUUUGCAUUUACUGCGGCCUAGGAAUAUGAAAAACUUUAGGCUUGGUCUAUUCAUGCAUCCCUUCCCAGAUUGACUACAUGCAUGCAUAUGAAUGGAGCAAUUACCCAAGAGAAUUUCAGAGAAAAGAUGGAGGAACUCCUCAGACUUCUCAGCAUUGACAUCGACGAGGCGGAAACAAGUGAUAUUAGCAGUUUGGUUAUAAGGGAGAUUAGCAGUUUAAUUACUGAAGUGUUUUCUUGGUCUCUUGAUGAUAUUUUCAACCAUGAUCUUUACAGAACUAAGGUAAAUAAAAUCCCUGAGACGUUUUCAUCAGUGGAGCAGUACUUGAGUUCAUUUCGGCAUCCUCUACUCGAAGAAACACAUGCUGAUUUGUCUUCAAAUAUGAAAAACUUGUAUCAGGCACCGAAAUGCGAAAUAGUAUCCGUGGAAAAGCAUAUAGGUUGCAAGCAAGGAAACUACGUUUACAAAAUGUUGUUGUCGGACACGGGAACCGAUAGAAAACCUAUGAAGGAUGCAUAUAAGCCUCAACCUUCUGAUGUAAUUGCUUUCUCAGAUGUGAGGCCCGAAAAUGUCAAGGACUUCAUCCGAAUUUCGUAUAUUCCUGCUAUAAUUCUAAAAGUGGAGGAUGACAAAAAGAAACCUUAUUUGGCAAUAGUUCUUGCAAGCAAACCCAUUAUACUUGAAAAUGAAGAAGAUUACGAAGAAGAAUACAUAGAAACUGAGAAAAAGUUGAUCUGUAAUCCUCUUUUUGCUGUAUAUCUUUUAAAUAUGACAACGAAUCUUCGUAUAUGGGGAGCACUAAGUGGCGAAAGAAAUGGAGAUAUUAUAAAGGGGGUUUUGGAAGCAAAUUCCCAGAUUGGAAAUGAUUGUGAACUAUGUUUUGAUCAUGAAGCUGAAUUACUAAGUAAUGGUUUGGAUUUGGACUCGUUCAAUCUUAAUGAAACUCAACUUCAUGCAGUGCUGCGUUCUAUCGCAACAAGUUUUUGUAGUCAUAAAAGUUCAGUGAAACUCAUUUGGGGUCCUCCUGGAACAGGGAAAACAAAGACAAUAGGUGUACUUCUAAGCUCACUAUUAAAAUUGGACCAUAAAACUCUUACAUGUGCUCCAACUAAUACUGCAGUUGUGGAGGUAGCCACCAGGCUGAUGAGUAUCGUUAAGCAGACUUUAGAAAGUAACAAGUAUGGAUUGGGUGACAUAUUAUUAUUUGGAAAUGCUGAAAGAAUGAAGAUUGAUGAUACUAAUGACCUUCAAGAUGUUUUUUGUGAUUAUCGCUGUAAGGCACUAUGGGAUUGCUUUGCACCGCAUAGUGGAUUGAAGUUUCAGCUAAAAUCAAUGAUAGUUCUGCUUCAAGUAACCUAUCAGAAAUACCUUCGUGCCCUUCAUAUAAAAACUGGAGAUAAGAUUGAUGAAAGUAAAAAGAGUGAGGAAGUGUUGAUUGGAGAAUUUAGAGAGUUUUUAAGGAAAAGGUUCAAAUUCAUCGAGGAAAGCAUGAGAGAAUCCAUUGUAUCGAUCUGUUCUCACAUGCCUACCGCAUUUGUUUCUGUCACAAUGGUUAAGGAAAUGUACACCACCCUUGACAUGCUUCGAGAUUUAAAAAGUUUGCUACAGAAUGGUUCAAUUUCCAAUCAAGACCUCAAAAACAUCUUUUGUACGUCUGAAAUUAUAGACUAUUCUUACACAAGAACAUCUGCGUUCUUAUUAAGUAAGACACGUAUCGAGUUCCUGGAAGCUUUGAGAUCCCUUGAAAAGUUAUCUUUUCCAGACUUUCCAGAUGAGGCUUCAAUUAGAGAAUUUUGUUUGCAUAAUGCUUGCCUUAUUUUCUGCACUUCCUCCAGCUCAGCCAAUCUAAGUGGAAUUGCCGAUUUGAAGUUAGUGGUCAUCGAUGAAGCUGCACAACUUAAGGAGUGCGAAUCAGAAAUACUACUUCAGCUAUAUGGUGUGAAGCAAGUAAUUCUCAUAGGUGAUGAAUUACAAUUGCCAGCAAUGGUUCAAAGCAAUAUUUCAGAAAAGGCCAAUUUCGGAAGAAGUCUCUUUGAGAGAUUGCUAUCACUCAAACACGACAAGCACCUCCUGAAUGUCCAGUAUAGAAUGCAUCCAUCUAUCAGUGUUUUUCCCAAUGAGCAAUUCUACCACAAACAAAUCUUAGAUGCUUCCAAUGUUAAAGAAAGAAACUACAACAAAAGAUUUCUUGAAGGAAGUAUGUACGGGUCUUUUUCUUUUAUCGAUGUUUCCUAUGGUGAGGAGGAAUUCAAUGAAAAGCACAGCCUUAAAAAUCUGGUAGAAGUAGCAGCAAUUUCAGAGAUAAUUGAAAAAUUGUACAGAGCUUCAAUUGCAAACAACUACAAGGUCAGUGUGGGUAUAAUAUCCCCAUAUAAAGCUCAAGUGCUUGCGCUCGUGGAUAAACUUGGUGACAAAUUUGAGACACAUAGUGUUCGAUCUGUUGAUGGGUUUCAAGGAGCCGAGCAGGAUAUUAUCAAUAUGUCUACCGUUAGGUCAAAUGCAACUGGAUCUGUGGGAUUCCUUGCAAAUCAUCAACGAACAAAUGUAGCGUUAACAAGGGCAAGGUACUGCCUUUGGAUUUUGGGGAAUGGAAGAACUCUGAUGGACAGUGAUUCAAUUUGGAGUAAAUUAGUUCGAAAUGCAAAGGAUAGAGGGUGUUACUUUAAUGUUGAUGAGGACAAGAUGCUUUCGAAAGUAGUCAUAGACGCUUCGACAACAAGAUUAGCUUCACUUAGCCUUGCCGAACGCAAAAUUGUACACGGUUACUUCUAUAUCUUAACGUGUUAAAUUGUACAGUUUCAUAUUAACUUUUAUAUCUUCCGUAACAUGCAGCGGACAGAA